AUGGAUUUUGAGUCCCUUUUUGGUUCUGGACAAAGUUUCAGCGACAACGGACAAGAUUUUAGGCGAAAAACAGGCGAUGACAGUGUUGGAGAUGAGUUCAAUUUGAUAGAAGACGACCAGCCAAAACCCCAGACUAUUGAGGCCGAAGAAUUGCAAAAAAGCAUGUUUUUGUCGCCGCUGAGCGAUAGAGGGCCUGAAGGUUGGCGAAAUUUCCAAACUCCAACCAUUAACGUGGAACGCAGCGUCGAGUUGGACGACAGUGGAUCUAUGAGCCAUUGCUUCGGAGAGUCCUUGGGUGAGGCUAUGAAUGAACGGUCCAAUGCCCUCACUGGAUCACUUGCAGGGUCGCUUGUGGCCACAGAGUUCGAAAGGCAGAGACCGUCAGUUUCCUUGGGUGUUGACUACCCGGAUUCGUCGCGGAGAUCGUCGGCAUUGUUGCCCGCUAGCCAAGACGAUGUUUUGUCAGUAGGAUCAUUCCAUUCCAGCUUUGCGUCGGACUCGGGCAACAACACAACAGGUGGCUUGUUGUCACACGAACUGGCGUUGUCUCCGGCCCCGUCUGCUUUCACGACGGGCGAUGACGAACUGGACGAAAUCCUGAGCGUAAACUCGGGACGUCAACCCAUUCUCGACGCUUACAACGAUGCAGGUGCUCUGAACGGGCUCCAUGCGUUUUCGGAGCUUGACAGCGCGCCUUUCGAUACCGUCGCGCCUACUCUACAACCUGUGGGCAGUGCGACAUCGUACCAACCGUCAACAGUAAUGAAGCACAACCGAGAAAGGCCCCAGAUAUCCGUUCAAGAAUACCAACAGACUGCGCAUGCCUUUGCGCAAAAUUCGUGGGGGAGAGAAGUUGGGACCCCUUCGUCACAGGCUUCGUUGACUAGUGGACAAACACCGACAAACCGUAACUGGCUUUCUGUAGAGUCCGAGGACCAAGCUAUAACCAGUGAGGACGAGAACAUCCACGACCAGCAACGGCUCGGACGCAGGAUGAGACGCAAGUCACAGAAUUCGGCGCGACGCUCUUCGUCGAAGAGGCGAAGCAUUUCGAUGGAAGAACGAGCACGGUCUUUGAGUGAGAACCGGGACAAACUGUUGCAAAUGGCAGAGGUCAAACCUUCUCUUUCGAACACUGCAGAUGAAGUAUCUGGGGAUAAUUCCGAUUCUGGAGACGACAGAGCAUCAUUAACACUGGGAGCAACGGCCAAGAGGCGAAACUCUCAGAAAAAUCCGGCCAAUUACGCCUGCGAGCUUUGCGACAAAAAGUUUACACGGCCUUAUAAUUUAAAGUCUCAUCUGCGCACCCACACGGACGAAAGACCCUUCUGCUGCAGCGUGUGCGGUAAGGCGUUUGCCCGACAGCACGAUAGGAAGAGACACGAGGAUCUACACACGGGUAAGAAGCGAUACAUAUGCGGUGGGAAACUUAAAGACGGAACCAGUUGGGGUUGUGGCAAGAAAUUUGCCCGCAGUGAUGCAUUGGGACGACAUUUCAAAACGGAAAGCGGGAAACGAUGUAUCAUGCCCUUGUAUGAAGAGGCUUCACGCGAGAAAAACGACAGUCAGUUGCGCGAGCUGGACUUACAAUUUGACUUGAAUUGA